UGUAAAUUAUAAAAUGCUGCUUUGUUUUACUGAGGUAUGUCCUCUCCUAUUUUGGUAUUUUCAGCAAACCAAAGAGGAAUGUGACAAGCUCCUGUGAGAGAGCAGACGGAGCAAGACAUGGUUGUUGAGGGUAAACCCCAUGUACAGUAAUGUCAGGUCACCAUUGUACAGUACAUCUGAAAACCAUAUAUGGGGUUGACAUAGAUGAUAGUGUUCCUGAUUAUUAUAAAAUUUCAGCCCAUUUAAAUUCUUUAAUUGGGUCUCUGGAUACAGGGUGUUUUCUGAAAGUAUAGCUGAUUUUUGUCUGUUUGGAUGAUGACUACAAUAGGAAGUUUAACCAUCUUUCUAUACCAACAGCAUCACAGAUCCGUGUGUAAUUUAACCCCGCUCCCCUUCCUCCCCUGCUUGUCAUUCACAAGAUUCAGUGGAGUUUCUUGGUGCUAUAAUAAGAGGAGGGGCUCUCCUCUCCAGUCUCGCACCUCACGCUGUGAAAUAUUCAGUUGCAGGCACACGAUUGGCAGCGGCGGGCAGGAGUAACAGUCUGACAGCCACAAUGUUUUUUUUCUGCACGGCGAGAGGUGAUGGUAGCGUGUUCUCGGUGCUGCAAGCUUUUUUCCCGGAAUUGGCACUUCGCAACCCGGUGUGGUUUUAGGUGCACUGGAUGCCAGAGAGUACAGCAUCCAGCCAACCUCACUGCGCACGGCUUUCAGUGGCUCUGACUGAUUCCUGCCAUGCAUCCGCUUUGGGAAAUUAUGGGACACACAGCCAAGGCUUGUCAUUUCCCUGUGCUUUAAUGAAUGAUUAUUACACCAUGUUUUUUUCCUAACAGACAUAUUUACUGACAAACAUUACUGGCAGCUGCAAGCAUUCCCUACCUGUGUCCGUCUUACAUCUCCAUUGACAUCUCUGCACAUAGGCGAAGCUGUGUUUUGCAGAUUUCUUCCUUUUUUGCAAGGCAUCACCAUCAUCCCCACAAGUAGUUCAGAAAUGCUUCUUCGAUGCUGGCUGCUGACAUCCCGCCAGCCUGCUUGAAAACCGUUAGGAUCGCGGGGUGAGCCGACAUGGAUAGUGGGAGCCGGGCUGCGACGGUCGGGGACGGUGCAGCCAAUUUCACAGCAGCCAACCUGAGGCUGGAUCUCCUGAACGCUUCGAGCCCGCCGACUCGGUGGGACAGCAGCCCACCUGCCGAGGGGACCGGGCUGGAUGAGCAGCAGCGUCUCGUCCGAGAGCAAGCCUACCGGGACUUCACCACCACCAUUCAGGUUUUCAUCCUAAUAAGUUCGCUACUCGGAAAUGCCACAGUGUUGUGGUGCACCUGCUGCACGAAUGUCUUUAAAUCAGUGACCAACAGAUUUAUCAAGAACCUGGCAUGCUCGGGUAUCUGUGCCGGCCUGGUGUGCGUUCCCUUCGAUAUGGCGCUCGGAGCCAGCCCUCGCUGCUGCUGGUGGCUUCACACUCUGCUGCUCUGCAAGGCCAUCAAGUUCCUCCACAAACUCUUCUGCUCGGUCACUGUGCUCAGUUUCAGUGCCAUCGCACUCGACAGAUACUACUCUGUGCUGUACCCGUUAGAGAGGAAGAUCUCAGAUGCAAGAUCCCGAGAUCUGGUCAUCUAUAUCUGGGUCCACGCGGUGGUGGCGAGCCUCCCUGUGUUUGCUGUGACCAAUGUGACGGAUGUGUACGUCACCUCGUCCUGCUCAGAUGACCACGCCCGCUCCCUGGGCCACAUGGUGUACGUGUUGAUUUACAACGUCACCACGGUCAUCCUCCCUCUUGCUCUGGUCUUCCUCUUCAUGCUGCUGAUCCGCAGAGCGCUCAGCGCCAGCCAGAAGAAGAAGGUGAUAAUCGCAGCGCUGCGGACUCCCCAGAACAGCAUCUCCAUCCCGUAUGUGUCCCAGAGAGAGGCUGAGCUACACGCCUCUCUGCUGGCUGUGGUGCUGGCUUUCUCAGCCUGCAGCGCCCCCUAUGGGGUCUUGGUGGUUUAUCGCACCAUUUUGGCAGACACUAAAGAGCUACCCAUCUCACUUUAUCUAACAGCCCUCUGGCUACCCAAGGUGUCCCUGCUCACCAACCCACUUUUGUUUCUGACUGUAAACCGCUCAGCGCGUCAUAGUUGGAUGGACCUGCUGGCCAGGAUUCACAGACGUUACAGCCGCCGUAACGUGGUCAGCACCGGGGGUCUGGCCUCUAUAGGAGCAGAGGGUGUGAUCGGGGAGCCGGUGGGACUGGAGACAGCCGGCCGCUCUGGGAGCCAGCUUCUGGAGAUGUUUAACAUUGGUCAGCAGCAGAUCUUCAGGCCCUCUGAGGAAGAAGAGGAAGAAGAGGAUGUAGAGAAUGAGAUCCCUUCUCAAGGAUCAGGAGGCUGCUCUGGGCCUACAGAGGACCACAAGGGAGUGUCAAGACUGGGGAGCCUCAGAGGGGAGGUGAUCACCAAAAAGGACCCUCUGCAGGGGACAGGGGGAGGGCUAGUCAUCACCAAGGAUUGCCCUCCUUCAAUCAUAGCACUCCGGGCCUCUCCGGUCCACACAUGUGCUUAUGCCUCUUCAUCUCAGGUGGCACCAGCUACACCUACAGAAGCUGAUGACUCCACACAGUUUGGUUUUGGACCCUUCGAGCUGCCACCUCAGUGGUUACCAGAGACCAGGAACAGCAAGAAGAGGCUGCUGCCUCCACUGGGUAACACACCUGAGGAGCUGAUCCAGACCAAACUGCCCAGGCCCCGGCCUGAACGGAGAAUCAGCAGGAACAACAAGGUCAGCACCAUCCCCACUGUGGACGCAUGAACUGUUCCUGCUGGCACUGAUCUGCAACAAUGGACACAACUCAUUUACAGGGUAGGCCUCUUGGGUUGACAAAGUCUUGGCAGGAUAUCGAUGUGUCAAGCUGCUCCGUGAGAUGGAUUUUGGUUCAUUUAAACCUUUUCACCUUUAAAAAAAAAAAAAUUCUCAGAUGCAGUAAUAGCCAUUGUAGAAGUCCAGGUUUUACACUUUACUGCGCAAAAGGUAGACGCCUGAGGCACUGCAGCUUUGUUAUUGGACAAAAAUCAAUUUGAUAUCAAAUAUUUACAAUGCUCUGAGAAAUGUGUCUGCUCAGUCCAACUGCACUACGACUUGGACAGACCCAAUUCCAUGAUUAAGGACUCCUUCAAUGUCUACAUGAUUGAGAAGGCAGAUUCCUUGUGGAAUCUCCCUUUUUUAAUUACAACUGGCAUCAGUAGUUAAAUGAACAUUGUACAAAUCCAAUUAUCCAGAGAGAUGCACUGACAGCAACUAAUAUAUUUCCAUAGCAAAUAAUCAAACCAGGAUAUUGAACCUCCUAACAAAACAUUUUGUAAAAUGGUUAUGCUGUGAUUGCACUCUGUAAAUGAACACAUCUCAUUUUCAGUCCUUUCACUUUACCCUUUGUGGGACUGUUUUUUGUAACCAUGUUUGACCAGGUUUACUUCAAUAUUUGGGAUUAACUCGCUCUUUGCUGGCCUUUUUUUCUCAAGUCUCACUUUUGGAAUAUUCACAAUUCUUCUAAUGUGGUAGCUGUUGUUGUCAUUUGUAUUUUAAAUGUAAGUGGAUCUGAUAAGAUGAAAAAUGCAGAUGUACAGUAUGCAAAUACAUGUUAUACAAAUGUGAAAUUUUAAGAGUUUAACUAUGUGUUCAGAAUUGUUUUCUGGAACACAAAGUGCAUCAAAUCAUCCAGGUCGGGAUCUUUUAGUCCCCUUAGAUCAAUUUUAUUGAUUUUUACCAGGUUUCCUGAAAAUCAAUGGCUCAUUCAAAUGAUUGUAAAAUAAAGCAAAUAAGAGCGAAAACAUUUUUGUAUCAUCAGAAGCUCUGUAAAAUGGUUUUCAAUUUUAAAUUUCUCUGACUCUGACAUUGUUGGCUCUGUCUUCUUUGUGAUGCAUAAUUCAAUAGUAGCAGCCUCAACCUGAAGCUUUGGCUGAGGUAAACAGAGCCAGGCUGCACUUCAAAUAUUUGUCAAGCCGUAACUCCCUUCAGGGCUACCCACAAUCCCCUGCUAUGUCCACAAAGAACCUGAAUCUAUGCUGCAUCCUACCCAUGCUGUUAUCAGGCAAUAUUGUGCAGUCACGCCUGACUGGAAACAGUAUCCAUUGCUACAACUUAAAAGCAGGAAAGAGAUGAGUAAUAUGUUUAUUCUUAUACGUCUGCUUUGGUAAUGACUGCAUUAGGACAGUUAUUGCUGAAUACAGUAGCUGCUGUGGUAGAUAUACAGCACUGAACAAAUACUGAGCCCAAAAUGCUGCUGGUAAUUCAAAGCGUCAGUUGGCUCAGUUGGAAAAGGGUGAUCGCAUGUAUUUUUGUGCACCAAUCAGAAUUAAGCAACAUUUGAAUUGAAAAUGCAAUGACCGUUGGUGGGUUGUUUGCUUAUGUUGCCAGCACUGUCAGUCAAAUCUGAUCACACCACACCCACACAGUCCUGAUAAAUUAGUUUUUUACGUGUUAAACUCUUGUUUUAAAAAUAAUAACUGAUGCUUUC